AUGUCGACCAUCACGAAACACCCGAUCUCCGCGCUUCCUCUUCCUCACGCCUCGAAACUUCUUAUUCACAACCUCACACCAGACACCGCGACGCCCUCUGUCUCCAAGUUCAAAAAAGCUCUACAAGCAAGCCCUUCUGUCCAGCGCCGCUCACGUAUCCUCCCGUCGCAGUCGCAUUUCUCCCAUGUCACGCCCUUCCCACUCCCAUUUCCGUACGAGAUCGAGCCCCCAACCGAUACUGAGGUAACGGACAAGGCGGCGUAUGUCGAGCAGUGGUUAAGUGAACGCGAGGCACUGCACGAGAAAGCAGACGAGAACGGUAGGGCCUCACUGAGCAAAUGGUACCCGAAGAAUAGAGACCAGCUUAUGGAUCUUAUCGGUCUUUCGGAAACGGGAUUGAGGGAUUGUCUGCCGCAUUUGGACGUUGGAGAUGCCUUUGACGUGUUGGGGGUUCCAGCGUUGGCAGCCUCAGACGGUGAGGCUGGCGGAGGAAAGGAGCAGGACACCAGUCCGGUGAAUGCAGCACGGCAGGAGCUCGUCGAUGUGCUCGGUGGUCAUGCAGUACUUAUGUCUGGUCAGGAUGCGGAAACGCCAUUCGCACCCUGGUCCUUGAGGUAUAGCGGUCAUCAAUUUGGCGUAUGGGCAGGACAAUUGGGAGACGGCCGCGCCAUCACUGUUCACGCGACCCCCCAUCCGUCUGACCCAGAUACUAUCUAUGAGCUCCAACUGAAGGGGGGCGGGCGCACACCGUUCUCACGCUCUGCUGAUGGACUCGCCGUCGUUCGUUCCUCAAUUCGCGAGUACCUCUGUGCUGAAGCGAUGCAUGCCCUUCAUAUACCUACCACCCGUUCCUUGUCCCUCGUCUCCCUUCCUUCGCUCCCUGUCCUUCGUGAACUGCGUGAGGCCGCAUGUAUAGUGACCCGCGUCGCGCCUUCCUUCCUCCGCAUAGGCUCCUUCGAGGCGCUCAAUCCGCCUGCCCAGAUGUUCUUCAUUGGCGGUGGACAACAGGAGAAAGACCUCGAUGCUUUGCGCGUUUUGGGCGAGUUCGUCUCAGACCAUGUGGUACGUGUACAGAGACAGGGAGGUCCAGACGGCGCUUGGGGUAAGGAGUUGCUCUUGGAAGUGGCAAGGAGAAAUGCGAGAAUGGUGGCAGGAUGGCAGGCGUAUGGGUUCAUGCAUGGAGUAAUCAAUACGGACAAUGUUUCAAUCCUUGGAUUAACGAUCGACUAUGGUCCAUAUGCCUUCAUGGAUGUCUUCAACGACAUGCAUAUAUGCAACCACUCUGAUGGAGAAGGAAGAUAUGCUUACAAGUACCAGCCAGCAAUGAUCCUUUUUGCGUUACGCGCUCUGCUCAAUGCCUUGGCGCCUCUCGUUGGUGCCGAGGCUGAGCUCGGGAAUAAGGCCAUCUCCACGGGAUGGGCGAACGAAUUUGAUGAGAAAAAGAUCAAAGAACUGCGUUCUACGGGCGUGGACCUCGUCGAGGAAGAAUUGAAUCAUACAUUCCAGACCGAGUUCGAGGCGGAGUAUCACGCACGGAUGAACAAGCGCCUUGGACUGAGGCGACUUUUACAAGAUGACGACGCGACACUUAUUCGACCGCUUCUCAGAAUCCUUGAGAGCCAGAAACUAGACUUCCACCUCUCCUUCCGCCAUCUCACCACCUUCCGCCCUUCGCUCCUGGCAGUCGAGUCGGCCGCCCUCGAUCAAUUUGUAGAUGGACUUCUGGACUACACGUCCGACUCCCAGUCAAUUCAGCGCGAUGAAGCCGUGCGAUCGUGGAAACGCUGGCUGGAGAAAUACGCUGCUCGGAUCGAAGCGGAGAAGGACGCGUGGGUUGACGACGAUGCUGCGGCCUUUAGCUUGGAUGAGAGACGAGAGCGGGAAACAAAGGCGGCAAACCCACGCUUCGUUCUCAGGCAGUGGGUGUUAGAGGAGGUGAUUGGAAAGGUGGAGAAGGAUCCAAAGAGCGGAAAGCGUGUGCUUGCAAAGGUGAUGCAGAUGGCGUGUAGCCCAUUUGCACCCUGGGGCGCAGAGGGCGACAGCAGACCAGAAGAGGUAUUAGACGAGGAGGUUAGAGAGGAGAGGAGGCUUUGUGCCGUGGGGGAGAGGAAGAUGCUGGGCUUCCAGUGCAGUUGCUCGAGUUGA